CGCAGAGCACACACAGCACAGAGUGAAUUCACGUGCACGAAACGUACUAAAACAUAUUUAUAAACAGUAAACCUGUUUUUCUCAAACGUAUUCAUUAAAUCAUGUCAGCAUCAGUGAUACGAAGAGGACUUGAACUGUUCAGUGAAAAAGAUGGAGAGACGCAUAAACAGAAGAAGAUCAGUCGUAAUAAACAACGAGUUCACAGACAGACAGUGAAGAGCAAGACUACAGUCAAAGACAAACACAUCAAAUCAGCUGUAGAUGAAUACAGAAAAAAACAAAAGAAGAAUCAACUGAGUUCAAAUCUUGCAUAUUUCCUGGCUGCUGAUAACAAAACACAAACAAAGCACGUAGGAAAGAUCAUACAGCAACAUUCUGGUCGUCGUGCUUGUCAUCAGGCAGAUCUGCCCGUCAACAAACCCGAGGAGAAGUCUGUCUUUACAGAGCAGGAGUUCCAGAAAUUUCAGAAAGAAUAUUUUUCGAAGCUUUAACAUUCUGGAGGACCCUUUAUUUCUCUGGACGAUAUGACAUUCUGCUGCUGCUUACACACUUCGACUAACAAGGAUGUGCUGAUGAGUGAUGAUGUUUUCAUUGGUUUAAAUUGAUUUUGAUGAAACAUAUUUGUCUGCUGAAUUAAUAUUAAAAACAGGAACAUCAGGAGAGAAAUGAAACGGCCUCUUAUGUGUUUUCUUCUUUCCAGUAUGUCUAAAAGUAACUGAGAAUUGAUGUGUUGUGUGUUCAAUACUGUAACUCAUGACUGACACAAGUAUAUAAAUGUUCUGUUAUUCUGGACAAUUAACUUCGUUUCUGUUU